AAAAAUUCGAUCUUUCUCCUCAAAUUUCAAAUCGGAGAAACUUGGAUAUGACAUCUCCAAGCACAAGCAAGAACCAUCGAUGCUUAAACCUAAUCCCAAAAUGCAACAAUUCCUUACAAAACCUCAAACAAAUCCAUGCCCAAAUCAUCACAACGGGUCUCUCUCACCACACAUAUCCACUAAGUAAGCUUCUUCAUUUAUCCUCCACCGUCUGCUUAUCCUACGCACUCUCUAUCUUACGCCAAAUCUCAAACCCUUCCGUCUUCCUCUACAACACUCUCAUCUCCUCCAUCGUCUCAAAUCACGAUUCCACUCAAACCCAUCUCGCGUUUGCUCUGUACGAUCAGGUUUCGAGCUCAAAAUCAAACCUUGUUAGACCCAAUGCGUUUACUUACCCUUCUCUGUUUAAAGCCUCUGGCUUUGACCCGAUUUGGCAUCGCCAUGGGAGGGCUCUUCAUGCCCAUGUGUUGAAAUUUCUCGAACCGGUGAGUCAUGAUCGGUUUGUGGAAGCUGCUUUGGUUGGGUUUUAUGCUAAUUGUGGGAAAUUGAGAGAAGCUAGGUCUUUGUUUGAGCGAAUUAGAGAUCCUGAUUUGGCUACUUGGAACACUCUUCUUGCUGCUUACGCUAAUUCUGAGGAAAUUGAGAGUGAUGAUGAGGUUUUGAGGUUGUUUGUGAGAAUGCAAGUGAGACCUAACGAGGUUUCUCUUGUAGCUUUAAUCAAAUCUUGUGCGAGUUUGGGUGAGUUUUGGGGAGGUGUUUGGGCUCAUGUUUAUCUCUAUAAGAACAAUCUGACUCUGAACCAGUUUGUGGGAACUUCUCUUAUUGAUCUUUACUCCAAAUGUGGAUGUUUGAGUUUUGCACGCCAGGUGUUCGACGAAAUGUCUCAGAGAGAUGUAUCGUGUUACAAUGCUAUGAUUCGCGGUUUAGCAGUUCACGGGUUUGGCCAAGAAGCUAUAGAAUUUUACAAUAGGUUGGUCUCUCAAGGAUUAGUUCCGGACGACGCUACUUUCGUGGUGACGAUAUCUGCCUGUUCGCACUCGGGUUUAGUUGACGAAGGUCUUCAAAUAUUUCACUCGAUGAAAGAGGUUUACGGGAUCGAGCCUAAAGUUGAGCAUUACGGAUGUUUAGUUGAUCUACUGGGACGAUCGGGGAGGUUGGAAGAAGCGGAAGAAUGCAUCAAGAAGAUGCCUAUGAAGCCCAACGCGACGUUGUGGAGAUCGUUUCUUGGAUCAGCUCAAACACACGGUGACUUGGAAAGAGGUGAAACUGCACUAAAGCAUUUGUUAGGGUUAGAAUUCGAUAAAAGCGGAAAUUUCGUGCUUUUAUCGAAUAUUUACGCCGGAGUUGACCGUUGGUCUGACGUCGAGAAGACCCGGGAACUUAUGAAAGACCAUCGUCUCAAUAAAUCUCCAGGGAUUAGUACUAUCAAUUGACCAAUGGGUGUGUUCAGAACUCAAAAGACCAAGACAAAGAACAACUUGUUUUGUUUAAGAACAUGUUAAUCCUCCAAUAACUCGAUACGUGUAUACCAAAAACUAUUACAAGAAUUGUUAUAAUAAUGUAGCUGAGACAAAAUAUCUCAUUUCACAACAAA